UCACUAAGAAGCUAUGCCGCCAAUUUCUCUUGUUUAUCUCUUGCGUACGAAGUCUCGCGGAGCUUUGCGCACGCAUAUAGUAGGACAUAAGUAUUUUAUCCCCGCUGUAUGAAGGAAGUGGUAAGGGUAUUGUGGUGGUGUAUUUCAUCACUUUCGCAGGAAAAAAGCGCUCUUUCUUAGGCGGCAAAUCAAAUGAUGGAUUUUUAUGUUACACUUUUUAGUAUUCUUUUUUAUAUUGCACCAGGAAAGUCCAGGAUGACCGACUGUCGACUGCCAGGAGUAUUAUACAGAGGAUACAGAAACAUGACAGAAUCCGGACGAUCAUGCCAAAAGUGGCAGACACAAACUCCACAUGCGCACAAUUAUGAUGUUUUUAGACUCGCACAAGAGAACUACUGCAGAAACUUUGAUAGAGAAGAGCCAUGGUGUUUUACCAUUGACCCAAAUGUUCGUUGGGAAAGAUGUGGAGUGAUAAUUUGUGACACGCCUUGCCUCAACCAGUCCUACUAUAAGGAUACCACAGAUAUCACCUCCAACUGUUUGUCUGAAACCCCCACUGAUACCAACUACUGCAAUUACAUGAGGAGCCUCGUGAAGUGUCUAAAAAAUCGUGUUGAGAAUUCCUCUGGUGUUCAAUGUCCUCAGAUUGACUUAAAGUCAAUUGCUCUUCGAAAUAGGAAGACGAUAGAAAUGUUGACGAGAAAAUCCAUCUCUGAAUGUAUCAUAUCCCCAUGUACUGACCCUAGACUGACCACCGAUAUCACUCUACUAAGAUAUGCAUACCUGUGCAAUCAUGAAACCCCAGUGGAAAAAUCAACUCCUGAUACACUGUGCCGAAACGUACAGCGAGUAAGCAAUUGCAUAAUAUCGCUGGUAAACGAUAAAUCAAACUCAACAUGUCUAGUCGAAGAUAAGAUUUAUCUUUUGCGAAAGGUUGCGCGUCAUGUUCCUCUCAAUAUCAGUCCUUGUAUAUCGAGCUUCUUUUCCGAACCUUCUCAGCCUCAAGAAAAUAACACAGUUCUUGCAGUGAAUUCAGAUCAAGAUACUACACCGUCCUCAGACAAAGCUGUUGCCAUCCUUACAGCAGAAGUAGUGACGAUUCCAUCCGCGUUUCCAGUACCAACAAGCAGGACUACGACAAGCACAACUAACAUCAAUACAGACACUUCAGAGGAGGGAGUAACGUUUCCACCAGAGUUUCCAGUAACAUUAAGCAGGACCACGAUAACAACAACUAGCAUCAAUACAGACACUUCAGGAGAGGGAGUGGCGAUUCUAUCAGAAUUUCCUGCAACAACAAACAGGACUACGACAAGCACAACUAACAUCAAUACAGACACUUCAGGAGAGGGAGUGGCGAUUCUAUCAGAGUUUCCUGCAACAACAAGCAGGACUACGAUAACUACAACUAACAUCAAUACAGACACUUCAGGAAAGUCCAGGAUGACCGAUUGUCGACUGCCAGGAGUGUUAUACAGAGGAUACAGAAACAUAACAGAAUCCGGACGAUCAUGCCAAAAGUGGCAGACACAGACUCCACAUGCGCAUAACUAUGAUCUUUUAAGACUUGCACAAGAUAACUACUGCAGAAACUUUGAUAGAGAGGAGCCAUGGUGUUUUACCAAUGAUCCAAAUGUUCGUUGGGAACUGUGUGGCGUGGACGUUUGUGACACGCCUUGUCUCAACCAAUCCUACUAUAACACAGAUAUCACCUCCAGCUGUCUGUCUGACACAUCCAAUAAUACAGAUUACUGCAAGUACAUAUGGAGCCUCGUGAAGUGUCUAAAGAAUCGUGUUGAGAAUUCCGCCGGUGUUCAAUGUCCUCAGAUUCAGUUAAAGUCAAUUGCUCUGCGAUUUAAUAGCACGAUAGAAAUGUUGACAAGGAAAUCUAUUUCUGAAUGCAUCAUAUCCCCAUGUACUGACCCUAGACUGACCACCCUUAACGGUCUAAUAAGAUAUGUAGACCCGUGCAAUCGAAAACAUCCAGUGGAGAAAUCAACACCAGAUACAUUGUGCCGAAAUGUCCAACGUGUAAGUCAUUGUGUGCUAUCACUGGUAACGGAUGGAUCAAACUCAACCUGUCUUCUCAAAGAUAAAAUGUAUGCUGCUGAAAAGUUUCUUGAUCUGAGUCCUCUUGCCUUUCCUGUAAAUACCAGUCUGUGUGUAUCGAACUUCUUAUCCGAAUUUUCCCCGCCAAUAGAAAAUACAACAGUUGUUGCAGUAAAAACAGUUACAGGUCUGUCCAGGGCAACGCCCUCCGACCAAAUUGUUGUUAUCCUAUCUGUCGGGUUUGCCAUAGCUUUGAUUGCCAUAAUUUCCAUUGGUGUUGGAUUAUUUAAAAUAAGAGCCAAACACUUACAAAAGACUGCAAGACGAUUGCCAAGAAUUCCAAAGAAAAGAGAGCAUUCUUACGAAGUCAAAUUGCACUAUCCCGAGGAAACUAGCUACCUUGAUCCCGAUUAUCAGACCGUAGAAGAAAUCAAUGACGGAUAUCAACAUCUCAUAGGUUAUAAAAGCGACAUUGGAGAUGACAGUGGGAUGAAUUGUGAUGACAGAGGAUCGUAUGUACAACCCAAUGAGGUGCAUUUAGGGGCUACAAUUACAGAUGAAGAUGAAAAUGAUAAGCAUCAUUCUUAUCUACAAAUCUUAGAAUGUCCAGAAAAAAUGUCAUUCACAAACAACGACUGUACUAACGUUACUGAAUUAGCGUCGACAAAAUGCGAUAACGAAACGAUAACUGAACAAGAGAGAAAGAGAACGUCGGAGGUUAACCCUGAAGUGUCUGAUACCAAUCAACAAGAAACAAUAACUCUCACAGAUGAUAACAACUCUAAAGAAAAUUGCGAUAUUGAAAUUGUUUCCACUGUUAAUACAGUGUUGGACCCAGCAAACGAUGGAACAGACUUAUAACUAGAACAGCGAACCAGACAUUUUCACAUGAUUCAUGUUUACAUAAUUCACAUUAUUAAUUCGUUUAAUGUUAUUUCUAAGUGAGCACCGAUAUCCAGUAUGAGGAAACAUCGUAUCUUCUAUUGUCGUUUAUUAUGAAUUAUACUUUCCAGUGAUGAUAUAUAUUCCACUCAUAUCAUUUGACUUACGUACUUGACUUAUUCCUCUUCGUCACUUACGGAACAUAGGACUGAAACAGUCGUCCUCCAUCUAACUCUGUUUUGAGCAAUUUGUUUGGCUUCUCUCCAGGUGCUUCCAAUGUUAUCUAAUUCUUUCAGCCUUGUUUUUCACUAGCUGUGUAUUGGUCUCCCUUGCCUCCUGCAUCCCUGUGGAUUCCAGUCUAACGCCUGUUUUGUUAUGUUGUUCACGGGUUUUCUCAAAGUAUGUCCAAUCCACUGCCAAGAUCGUUUUUUAAUUUUAUCAUUUAGUGAAAUAACGAAUAAAAAAAAUAAGUCAGUAAAGGGAAGGAAUGAAAUCCCUCACGCCAGAUUCGUUUAGAAUUACAUGUAAGAAAAGUGAAUAAAAUGUAAAAUGAGCAAUCUCAUAAAUUCUAUAAAAAUACGAAAACACAAAUAGGAAAAUGUGUACCCCAGACAAAAACUACAGGUGGGAUGAUAUACCCGGGAGGAGUAAGGACUGAUCAUACACGUCAUAAACCAACUACCUUGGUCCGAUAAACGAACCAAUACGAAGUCACCAUGAAGGUGAUAGUGAUUGGUUGUCUUUUCACGUCUUGUUGAGACGUCACAAGGUGUGGACGAGGUACCACAAAGUUAGACUUAUGCUGGCCUUAGCACCAAAAGUUCUUUAUCGUGCUAACUCCUACCGCAACAUAAAACCUCCGCUUUUAAGAUCAUAUCCGAAAGACCUGUAAUUUUCACUUCUAAAUGCCGAGCGUUUAGCGAAGGAGCAAUCACUACCUAUUUUAAUGUCUUGGAUUGAACGCGACCAUGGCACGAAAGGGGCUCGAACUCACGAUCUUCCGAUUACGAAUCGAACGCUCUACCUUUGAACUACCGCGACCGGUGGAUGUGAUAGUGGAAUGUUGCUACAUAAGUAUGGGAAAUGGACGAUAGAGAAGCUGAAAUCAUACCGUUUGUCAGAAAUUGAUUAACUGGUAUGUCAUUAAAGUUCAUGUUCAAUCAAACAUCCUUGUAUGAAGCAAAUGUAUCUUUUAUUUCAAAUUCACUGGGAUAUACCGAAUCGACAUAUAAGUGAAAGUGAAAAUUAUUAAUAGAUAACACGUCCUCGAAAAAUCUAAUUUUGGAGUUGAAGGCCACAACAAAAUAUAUUUUCUCGUGUAUAAAGAUAUUGAGUUUUUUUCCGCAUCAUACAAAUAUUGAAACAUGUCAGCUAAUAAAGGGGAAUAAAUCCUACGUUUAGUUUCGUAUCUUUGAUAGGACUCAUGAAAUUGAUCACUGUUCAUUGUCUCCAUUGUUUUACAUCAGUAGUAUCAGAAAGACAUUGAAAAUGACAACUAGAUUUAUAAGAUGCGUUACCAUAAUUCGUUAAAAAAAAUGAAUAUCAAGACUGUAUGAAAUGCAUUUCAAGUAAAAUAAAAAGAGUAUGUGCUGUCAUUAAAAUAUAAAUACAAAUACAAAUGUAAUCUUACAGGUAAUAUCUAUGGAAGUUUCAUCGUUAAGAAAAUCUUGCUAAUCUGGAAAAUACAAACAAAAAUCAAGAGACCAUUUCCAUUGACAAUAAUGUGUGAUACAUUGACAGACAUUUUCAUAAUGCGCUUAUCAUUGCUCAUCUGCAUUGAUCAAAACAUAAUGUAACUUCUCUAGGAUGAACUUUGUACUAUGCUUACUCCUCCUAGACACCUGAUCCCACCUCUGGUGUGUUCAGGGGUCCGUGUUUGCCCAACUAUCUAUUUUGUAUUGCUUGUAGGAGUUAUGAGAUUGAUCACUGUUCGGUAUCUUCACCUUUCAUUAGUAUCUUGGUAUGCUUUUGUUUUGCGAUCAUUGCGUAAUUGUUACCGUAUCAUGCUGAUGCAUUAUGUCAUUAAGUCGCAAAUUAAUUGAAUAAAGGCGUCCCAUACGCAAAUAAAGUAAAGUAUACACAUUAAA